AUGACCGGCGACGUGGCGGAGCUAGUGGAGCAGUACAAGUGCGAGCUGGCGGAGCUGACGUUCAACAGCAAGCCCAUCAUCACCAACCUCACCAUCAUCGCCGGGGAGAACGCGCAUGCGGCCAAGGCCAUCGCGAACACCAUCUGUCAGCAUAUCAUCGAGGUGCCAGCGGAUCAGAAGCUGCCGGUGCUGUACCUGCUGGAUAGCAUUGUCAAGAACGAGGGGGGACCCUACAUUGACGUAUUUGCUGCUCGCUUGCCCGAGGUAUUCUGUCGCGCCUAUGACCAGGUGGACGGGGCAAUUAAGCCCCAGAUGCGCCACCUCUUCGAAACCUGGCGCUCCGUCUUCCCCCACCAGCCCCUCCGCGCGAUCGAGCUGCGCCUGCGCUUUCCCCCACCCCCUUCCGCCGGCGGGAAGCCCCCUCCCCCAGGCAUUCCGCCAGGCCCCAUGCACGGGGGCCAUCCCCCAGGGCCUCCGCACCAAGGAGUUGGCGGGGGCGGGGGGAGAGGGGGGGGUGUUCCGCCUAACCACGCGCAUCAUCCCCAUCACGGGCAUCCGGGCAUGGGUUCCCCGCACCUUCCCCCCGCCACCCCCGCGCACGCGAGGGCGCAUGCUGGGGGGGCAGCGGGCAGGGCGGGAGGGGGGCCGGGUGGUGGAGGAGCGGACGGGGGGGGAGGGAUACCGUUGGAUUCGCCUGCUGCGGCAGCGGCGGCGGCGGCGGCGGCAGCGGGUAAGGGGUCGGACGGGCGCGCAGCAGAGUGGGGAGUUACAGCAUCCGCGGGUAGGGCCGCGGGGGCAGGUGGCGCAGGCGGAACUGCCACCUCUACCUCCUCUUCUUCCGCCUCCGCUGCUAAUGGAGGCGCGGGGGGAAGGGCAGGGGGAGUGGCGGUAGCCAGAGCGCGGGAGAGGGAGAGAGUCGCAGGGGGGAGGGUAGGGGCUGCGGCGGGGAGGGGUGGGCGGGGGGCGCGGGGGGGAGCUGUCGCGGGUAGAGGCGCGGGCAGAGCAACAGGUCUGGGUUCGCACCCUGCUCGCGCUUCUGCUGCGGCUGCUGCGGCGACUGCAGCAGCGGCGGCUGCUAUGGGAAAGUUGAAAGGAGCGAGAAGGGCUGGGGGUAUGGGGAGCGUCCCUGCUGCCGUUCCUCCCCCUCCUCCUCCUAUGGGCCGGGGGCGUGGGGCUCCGCCAAUGAGGCAACGCCACGUGCAGCCAGCUGUAGAGAUGUAUGAAGAGGAGGAGGAGGCACCGCGGUACAGGGGGCCGUACGGAGGGUAUGGGGUAGAGGCGGAGCAAGAGGGGGAAGAGGAGGAGGAGGAGGAAGCAGAAGCGGAGGAGGAGGCGGAGGAGGAGGAGGAUGAGUUGACGCUUCUUGACUCGCCGUGUGUCUGUCUCUCCAUUAUCCUCACUCGUCUCCUCCUCUCCCUCCCCUUGCUUCUCCCUCUCGCUGGCCCCCCUCGUUUCGCCUCCUCGUCGCCUAUCUCUCCCUACAUCUCUCGCUGCCCCUCUCCAGGAAUGCAACAACAGUUCGCCCCUCCCCCUCGCCCCGCUCGUCCACCCGCGGACCGCUACCACCGUCCCGCUGCCUCUCCUGCUGCUGCUGCCGCCAGUGCUGCUCGGGGUCGGGUAUCCGCCGCAGCAGCAGCAGCAGCAGCAGCAGCAGCUGAUUCAAAACCAGUUGUCCGGGCUCGGCCCGCCAAAGUGAUGCGUGCUGCACACUCAGCAGCAGCAGCUGUUGGUGGUAUGGGUGGUGGUGGGGGAGGGGGCGAGCGGGUGAGCAGCACGCAUUUCCAGUGGAAGGAGGUGACGGAAGUGGUGCCUGCUUCUAUGGUGGGUCGACAGCAACAGCAGCAGCAGCAGCUUCGGGCACGGGAGCAUGCAAUGAUGGAUGAUGAACAGGUAUUCCUUGUGCUCUGCUCUGCUCUCCUCUCCUCUCCUCUCCUCUCCUCUCCUCUCCUCUCCUCUGCUCUGCUCUUCCUUGGUGCGCUGCUAGGUGUUCCUUAUCAUCACAGCAUACCGCCUUCUCUCCCUCCUGCAUCUGCUUCUGCUGCUGGUAGAGGGUACCGUAUGGGGGAGGGGAUGGAAGCGGAAAUGCCUGGUGCGGGUCUGCGUGCUGGGUUAGCCUCAGAUGCAGCGCUUCCGUUCUCGUCUCAGCAGCUCACGUCGCUGCUACAGCAGGUAGGAGCAGCGGCUGGGAACCUACCAGGAAUCCAACCAUCAUCAUCGGCAGCAGCACCGCCGCUCCCUCCUGCUACCCUUCCACGCCUACCCUCCCCCACUCCUCCUCACGUUCCCCACCCCGCCCCUCCUCCUCCUCUCGGACCUCCUCUCCCCAGUCUCCCGCCUCUCCCCCCGCACGCACCCCCAUCUGCAUCAGCAGCCCAUCCCGCCACCCUCUUAUCAUCUCUCGCCGCUUCUGCUGCGUCUGCCCGCCUGCCCUCUUCUCCUCCUUCACCCGCAGUAGCCGUGCCUCCUCUCCCUGCAAACCUUCCAGCGGCCUUAUCUUCGCUGCUCGCCCCUGCAGGAUCGUCUUAUCCUGCUGCUUUUGGUGGUGGUGAUUAUGCAAGAGACGGUGGUGGAGCGGUGGGAGGUGCUUCUAUGGCUGGACUUACGGGUGCUGGUGGUGAUGGUGGUGGGGGAGGCGGAGGAGGAGGAGGAGGUGCAGGGCUGUCAAACCUUUUAUCCUCGCUUCUUACACAGGGCGUUUUGAACAUGGGAGCUGGAGCAGCAGGGGAAGCUUCCAUGCCUGCAUCUUUCACUCCUCCUCUUCCUCCCCUUCCCCCCUCAGCACCCCCUCCCUCCCUCGCCCCUUCCCACCCUGAAUCGUUCGACCGUGUCCCCACCCCUCCCCUGCCCACUCAACCCCAUCCCCCAUUCCCACCACACGCGCCACCUCCCUCCAGUCAAACCCCCCAGCACUCCGCGUCUCCCCACCCGCCGUUCCCCCAUCCGCACCCCCCUCCUCCUCUGCCUCCUCUGCCCCCACAAGACCUCCCUCCUCCCUUGCUGAUAAUCUCCCAUGGAGCCUUAGCUGCUGUGGGGCGGGAGAUAAAGCAGGAGGUGCUGAGAUCAAGACACGAGGCGGUGGUGUCCGCGCUCUAUUUCGACUUUCCCCGCCAGUGCGCCACAUGCGGACGAAGGUUUGCCGACCAGGAGGAGUACGGGCGGCACCUGGACGGCCACUUUCUGAAGCGGAAGCGGCUGAAGCAGCAGAAGGCACAGUCACACAUGUGGUACGUGUCGACGCGUGAUUGGCUGUCAGAAUCCACAGCUGCUGCUGCUGCUGCUGGUCCCGGUGAAAGUGGGGGGAUGGGAGGAGGGGCGGGUGGUGGUUCGGGGGGAGGGGUGGGUGGAGGUGCUGGGGAGAUUGGGUCAGGAAGAGAGGGAGAUGGAGGAGGUAGAGGAGGAGGAGUAGGAGGGGGUGCUGCCGCUGGUGCUGCUUCUGGUGGUGCUGAUGGUGAUAGUAAACAAAUGUCUGGUGUUUCUGUUUCUUCUGCCGCUGGUGGCGGGGUGACGGACAGAGGAGGGAUGGGAACGGGAAUAGGAGAUGGAGGAGGAGCAGGAAGAGAGGGUGGAGGCGGGGGCGGAGGAGGAGGAGUGGUAGCAAGUGGCGAGGCAGGAGGAGGGACGGGAGAUGGAGAUGGGGCAAAUCUAGCUGUUCCCGCAGAGGAUGAUGCGGAUGAUUGGUGUGCUUUGUGUGGGGAGAAAUUCGACGUGUUCUUUGAUCCGGAGGAGGACGAGUGGAUGUAUAGAGGUGCAGUGGUGGAGGGUGCGGUGGGAAGCGGUGACCGCACUGGUGGUUCUGGGCAGGGUGAUGCAGGGCAUUGGCGACGUCGCAUUGUUCAUGCGACUUGUCGAGAGGUAUGA